CCGCCCGGCGCAUCGGAAGGAGAACGUUGGCAACACGAAACGACAAAACGAUGCACAUGGACUUGCCGCGCCGGCUGGGACUGACACUUACAGACAUGUGUGGAAUGAUUUCACCGACCAGCACCGACACAGCUCUUAUAAUAUAGACUCUGGGUUCGGUACGUAUGAUAUUAAUUCACUAAAAGUGUAGGAAGUAGGUCGGCGGCGGCUGAAAGUGACGCCCGGUUUAAGCUAACGUGUUAGCAUGCUAGUCGCUAGCUGCAGGGACUCAGAGUAUGGUGCGUGGAGGCUUUUUAAUGGAUAGAUUGGAGUCAAGUUUAUUUAUUAUAACGAUAAUACAUUAAACUGAAUCUUAGAAAUUUGCGAUUUGCACUUUAGUGGAUUCUCUUUCUCUGCAGUGGAGGCUGCGUUGGCAGCAUGUGUGAGGACACUGGUUGCCUCGCUCUCCAUUGUGACCUGCCAGCGUCUCUCCAUAAAUCACACAGUUAGAGCCCUCACGUGUAGUCGUUAUGCAUUGAUAUGUUGUUAGUGCUGUUUAAAUCGGCUACAGCCACUCUAGCUGUAGUCGUGCUUUCAUUAUUGUGCUUCCAGAGUAAAUAUCCGCCCGUAUGAUCCCACGUGUGUGACAUCGUGCACCUGUUUAUCCUUCAGGGACUUGUGUUGCUAAGAAGAGUCUCAUUACUGUCUUGUAAUAUAAAAACAGUAUGAAUAAUACCUUUUUUAUCAUAUACACAAAUUUGUGAUCCUCACAUACUCUCAAUUUGAAGUAUCUUUGGAACCACCAAGCUCAAACAAAUUCAGCAGUCCACCUGUUAUGAUGUCCAGUUUUUGUUGAAACUGUUUUAGAGGUGUGUGUGUGUGAUUGUUGAUUUUGAAUGUAGUCUGAUGAAUUGUAUUACAGUAUAACACAGUUCAACAGCACCAAAUCCGUCAUACAGUUGAAUCAGUGCCUAAUUAUACAUAUAUAUAUAUAAUUGCAAUUUAUAAACCAUUGCAAAGGUAAAGACUUUAUCACACGCCUUUUGUAUAAGACUGAUUUACAGCUGUAGUUUGGUUAAUGUUAUGAUAAAGUGAACUGUCAGGAAAUUCAAAAAGAAACUCUUUGUUAAACAUAUUAAUAUUAACCAGUUGGGAAUGGCCCCUUUGCUGAAUACCUGUCAAAUCAAGGUACGUCAUGAAUUCUAUCCCACCAUUUUGCAAAUGUGAUAAUACUGCCAUGCAUCUUGUAGCCCGCUGAUGUCCUGCAAUAUAAACAGAUACAAAAAAGGAGAGUCUCCACUGUAUAAGAUGAAGAAAAAGAAUAAUCUUGGUCUACAAUUUUGAUUGUUUUAUGUUCCCACCUGAAUGUGUAGAAAUUUAUCUUGUAAAUUUCAUUACUUGUAAACUUUAACUAACAUGCGCCAUGUGAUGCUGUUUUUUUCCCCACAGCUCCCUCAGAAUCGUACCAGGUGGCAAUGACAUAGUAAUGAUUGUUGACUGGUAUCGGAUGGCUUUGGACCAGAAGAGCAGCAGAGGUUUACCAAUGACUGGUGAAGACACUGGUUUGGGGGCUUUGGCCUCACCCCUGGCAGGGUAUUUGGGAAAAGUUCAGGAAAGAGCUGCAUCACUGGAGCAUUGUCCCUGGUGCACUUCGAAGGGCUUAACCUUUGCUCUGCGCUCAUACCGCAUCAACCUCCAGGAGUCAAUCACCCUCUGCACAAACCCACAGUGUCUCUUCCCUCUGGUCAGUCACUCCUUGGAGGAUGUUUUGGCUAGAUUGGUUCCUGUGGAGCCCACGGUUGGGAACAAAAGAAAAACUCCUUUGCCACUGGAAGAAGAAGAGCUGAUUAUACCCUCCCCCAAACGCCACCGAUCAAGUGAACUUGAUGGUUUUGGGACACCAAAUGGUACCGACACGCUUUACCACCAAGCAGAGUGCUGUGCUGUCAGUAAUGGCCAUCAUGCGGGGCCCGAGGCAGAUGGUGAAAAGGUUAAUGGAUGCAACGGGGUCUUUGAUUGUCCAGCUGCAGAGACAGUUGGGGCAUCGCUGCAGGUUGAGGAUGUUGUUCUGGAGAUGGAAACAGACAGUGCUGCCUGUACAGAAGGCUUUGCUCCUCCUGGAUGCUCGUCCUCGGCUGGACACCUGCCGAGCCCAUCAGGAGCCUUGUUGACUGCUGCUGGGGAUCGUUGUGGGGAUCUCGGUAUGUCAGAGGCAGAGGAUGACUCCCCCCAGGUGAAGAUUCACCCUGAGGUGCUGAACAGACGGUGCGGUCUGAUCACUAAUCAGUCCAACUCCACAAAUGGGGGCAUUUAUUCAACUGAAAUCAAUGGUCCAUCGCUUCAGCUCAAGGAGCAGACUGCAGGAACGGAACAGAAAUCACUGACAGCCGCCGACAUCAAGGACAUAGCAGACAUUAAAUUAGAAUCUCAGGAUAUUUCUCCUACCUCAAAGAAGCUUGUAUUGGUUCCAAAUCAUCUUUUCUGGCGGAACAGGGACAAACUGUGUUGGCUGGACUCACUGCUUGCUGCUCUGGUUAACUGUAAGAGCUUGGGAAAGUGUAAACCUCGAGACGAGCCUCAGCGAUCAUCUCUCUGGCAGCUGAUGAGAGAAUAUGAGGACAUUUGUGCUGCCGUUCAAGUCCAUCAACAGACCAACAGUGAUGGUGUGGUGAGGGUGUCGAAUCAUGUGCUGCAAACGGCCAGUGAAGAUCUACACAGUCUCAGGAUGUCGGUCUUCAAACUGCUGCAGCCUAAGCUGCACUGCAAGCUGGGUCAGAAAGAGAGUCCGGUGUUUGCUUUGCCGCUCCUGCUCUCAAUGGACUCCUGGGCGGAGCCUCUCUUCCAGUCGACCUUUCAAUGGGAGUUCAAGUGCAGUGCAUGUGGAGCAGCUUCCUCAGAAAGGCUCAUGAAAACUCUUCCCUCCUUCACGAACAUUGUGCCCGAUUGGAAACCACUUCAUGCAGUUCAUCUGGCUCCGUGCAAUUUUUGCUGCAGAAAGAAGCAGAGGAGGACGAUGAUACUGGAGAGUGUGCCUCCAGUGUUUAUGCUGCACUUUGUCGAGGGGCUCCCUGACAGUGACGUCAGAAUGUACAGCUUCGCCUUCAAAGGGAGACGCUACUCGGUCACCACCGUCAUCCAGUACAACCAUCGACUGAAGCACUUUGUCACCUGGAUUAGUCGUUCUGAUGGCUCAUGGCUGGAAUACGAUGACUUGAAACAUCCAGAAUGUAAGACCCAUCAGAAGCUCCCGGUCGCUGCCCAGGAGAUGCACAUCGUCUUUUGGGAAGUGGAGGAGGAGAAAGAGCUUCAUCUCUGCUCUCCCUCCAGCACGUUCACGGACUCUCCUCUAUCGAGAACUGAGAUGAUCCCAACUGUAAACGUACCAGCAGCAGAGGAGGUGUUGGUCUGCUCCCCCGACCAGUCUCUCCUCGCACAUCACGACACUGACAUUAUCUCUGUGCUCUCAGAAGACGGCAGCAGCAUCGUGGACACGAGCCUUCCGGCCGACACAUCCAUCGGCUCCACGACGCUGCUCGACACCUUCGAGGGCCUCAGCCAUAACGACAUCAUUACCCUCACACUGGUGGAGUUACAAACAGAUUCAGAGACGACGCCUGUAGAUGACGACAGGAGAAGUCAGGGUUUGAGCGACCCCUGUAAGAAUGAGACGCUCGAUGCGUCACCAGACAGCUCCUCUACUGUGAUGGGUAGUGAGAUGUGUCAAGCCCCCGAUGAUGGUCCUCCCUCCACCCCCGACACGCAGUCUGGGGAUGGUGCGACGAGCGAUCCCACAUUUGUGCCGGGCGCCGCCAGGAGAGGACGAGGCAGAGUAGCGGCCAGAGGCAAAGCUAAAGCUGUCGGUAGACGAAAAGAUACCAAAACCGCUUCAUCAAGAGCAGCUCCACCUGUUCCACCACCUGAGAUGUCUGAGCCCUCUGAAGAAGCCUUUCCUCCCGAGGCCGCUGCAGCUCGGGAGGAAACGCCACCGAUUCAAACUACCACAGCACCCUCGCUUUCUACUGGUACCAGUCAGAACAGUCUCAUAAAGCAAUCAUUACUGGUUCAGCACAGCCGCUGGUCCUUCCUGCUCAGCAAACACCCUGCGACCAAGUCCGAGGACAAAUUCACCCCCAUCUUACCACCCGCCUUGGCCACACAAGUGAAGCCCACUCCCACCCCUCGCUCUGUCCCCACCCCUCGCUCUGUCCCCACCCCUCGCUCUGUCCCCCCCCCUCGCUCUGUCCCCACCCCUCGCUCUGUCCCCACCCCUCGCUCUGUCCCCACCCCUCGCUCUGUCCCCACCCCUCGCUCUGUCCCCACCCCUCAUUCUGUCCCCACACCUCGCUCUGUCCCUAUCCCUGUGAAGAGACAGCAGCAGACUCCUGCAAGAUUCGUCCCCAAACUACAGCUCAGACUAGAGGAGAGUGCCAGUCUCCCUCUGAAAGCUGCAGAAAUGUACGGCGGAUUUGGCAACCAGAGCUCUAACGCACCAAGUCCACUGGCGUCCCCCGCCCCUCCCUGUGGAAAAUCAAUGCCGUUUUCGCCCAUCACUUCUCUCUCCCAAGUGUCACUGAACACAACAUUGGUGUCUGCUGCAAUCGUCCCUACGCCCAAAAAGAACAGGCACCCUGAGAUCUCCUCCAGAGGCCAGUCGUCCAAGGCUCCUCUGGAUCUUAGUGACACGGACGCCCUCCGCUACAAGCUGCUGAAGAAACUGAAAGCGAAGAAGAAGAAGCUCGCCAAGCUGAAUCAAAUAUUGGGUGAUCCGCGUGGAGCGAGCCUCCGACCAGACAGCACUGACCUGACCUCUCCCAACACGGUUACCUCCAGUACGUACGAUGGCUCCACCUGCGACGACUUCCUCUCGGACCUGCUCUCGCCUGCAACCACAGCCAGCAACCUAUCACCAGACAGCACCGACUUCCUCGAGAUGCUUGCCAAAGGCCAGAAUGGAGUCAACCAGUUGGACUACGGGGUUAAUGCUGGUGGGGCAGUGUCGCAACCAAAUGCUUUUAUGAACGGGGCCGACACUGAAAGCUUUAUGGACGAGUUUCUUUCUCAGGCUGUGACUCAAGGGCAGACGGAGCUGGAGAGCGAGGCUCUAAGUGCACUCGAUCUAUUUGUGUAACCUGUGGUGAAAUGUUUUUUUCUUCUGCUGCACAGAUAACUUCCACACUUACUUCCUGUUGUGAGAAAAUUAUGCAAAAUGUUCUUAUUUAAUUAUCUGCACCUCAUCUACUAGGAGGGAUGGGUGUGUGCAGCCCGUAACGAUUUGGUGAGAACCCAAGAUGUGUUGGGAUCAAUUGCUAAUCAACAUCUUAUCCAAGUCUUUAUUGUCGUUCUUUCUCUAGCUCGUUUGGUUUGGUCUUGAUCCUCCUUUCCACACUACAGACAUACUGUACAAUAUGGUUGACAAUUAGUGACGUUAUUAUCAAGACCAUGCACGGCAAAAUGAUUUAAACUGUUCAUUGAAACAACUGUAAAGUUUAUUAUUCGUGUAGUGGCAGUGAACAAAUCUGAUUGAAUAUUCGGAAACCAUCUCGUUAAAAUACGAACUUGAGCCAAUUCCUGUUCCACAUGUUUGGCUGCAUAACGGUGGCGAAACUGGCGAAAAUCCUGCAUCACUUAAACGCAGCACAAUGACGAGGUUUAAGUUUGAAAGUGACAAAUCACAUACUAAUAUCUUUAUGAAAUAAAGGUGUAAAUGAUGUAUCUUUAAAUCAAAAAGAAGAAUCUAGAUUGUUAAAUAUCAUGUUAUAUAUUCUGUUUAUUGCACUGAGGGAAAUUAGUUCACAUCUCCCUCUAAAUAAACUAUCAAUAAGGAAUUCAAAUUUAAUCAAACAAAUUAGUAUCGGGUCAAUCACACGUCAGUUCAACUCCACAUGAAAAUGUUAUCUGCCAGUAAAGUGGUGAAAAUAUAAAAUUGCUGUAUGUACAUGUUGAUAGUUCCUUGAUCAUUUCUAAAAACCUCAUGAAGUUUGAAUGUGUCAAUGUUUGCUAUGGUUUGUUGAACAAAGUUUAUUAACGGCAUCUUGAAGAGUUUUCUCCAACUUAAGCACUUUUGUAGUUUGCGUGAGCUGUAUGAAAGAGGCUGAUGAAGCCGUCAUGUUUGUUUGUUUUGUUAACUACUUGAAAAUUCUUGGGAACGAAGUUUCUUUUUUUUUAGUGUUGUUUAAUAAAUACUAUAUUUACAAA